AUGAACCAACUUCCUUAAUUAGAUUAUGAAAAAUCUAUAUUUAAAAUGGUUUGUUUAAGAAAGCAUUUUCUUAAAGACAUCACAUACUAUUUAUUCUUAUUAGAAGAUAAUUUAAUUUUAACAUAAGUAAGAAGAUAAAUUUAGUUUUUUAAGGAAGUAAGUUCUUAAUAACCGAAAUAUGUUUUUAAGGUUAAUCUUGAGACAAAAGUGUAUUGGCAAUUAGAGAAAUAAAAUUAUUUAUCAAUAGGAUUGGAAUACAAAGGAGAGGUGAAAUAUUUUAAUGGUGAAUCUGAAGGACUAAGGCAAUUGAAUAUUUUAUUGAAAAAUAAAGUUAUGUAUCGAAAUGUAAGUGAUUUCUAUACACCAGUCAAAUAGUUGGGAAGAGGAGGUUCUUCAAAAGUAAAAAACAAUUUUAAGUAAUAGGUCUAUUUAGUGUGUAAUAAAUAUACAAAUAAAGAAUUCGCUUCUAAAAAUGUAGAGAAAAGAUAUUUAAAAGAAGAUGGAGGAUUUGUAUAUAUAUUAGAUGAGAUUAGGAAGCUUUAUUUAAUGAAAUUAAUUUAAUGGCAGUUUUAAGCCAUGAAAACAUUGUUAAAUUAGAAGAAGUUUAUGAAGGAGAGAAUACAUUUUAUUUAAUACUGGAAUAUUUGAAAGGAAGUUCUCUUCAUGAUAUAAUCACGAAGGGAAUCUUAUAAUUAGGUUGGGAUGAGAUAAAAUCUAUAAUGAAGGUAAUUAUCCAACUAUAAAUUUAAGGUAUUAUUAACAGCAGUUGAAUAUAUGCAUUCUUAGAAUAUAAUGCAUAGAGAUUUAAAGCCAGAAAAUAUUAUGUUUAAAAAUUCUUAAGAGUUAAUAGGAGGAUUAAGAAUUGUUGAUUUUGGAUUAGCAACAUAUACAACUAUUAAUAAUUAUCCAUUUCCUAAAUGUGGUACUCCUGGAUAUGUUGCACCAGAAAUUGCAAAUAUGAAAGAUCUUUCAUUAAAAUAUGACAAAAUUUGCGAUAUUUUUAGUAUAGGUUGCAUUUUUUAUAAAUUGUAAAAUAUUAUAAUUAUUAAAUUAGAAUAACUUCUAAGGAUUUAUUUCCAGGAAGUGAUUAUCAUGAGAUCUUAAAAUUGAAUAAAAAAUGUAUGAUCAAUUUAGAUACUCUAAAUAUAUUUUAAACACCUUAAUCAGCUAUAGACUUAAUAAGUUAAAUGCUUUAAAUUGAUCCUAAAACUAGAAUUAGUGCAUCAUAGGCAUUAGAACAUCCAUUUUUUAAUGAUUCAUUUUAAGAUAGAAAACUCAAAUUUUAAUCAUCAAAAAAACCAUUAAGUAAUAAUUCUAAGCCUUGGCAAACUCAAACAUUUAAAUUAGAAAAGUCUGAUCGUUUAUAAUUACCAGAAACAAAGUAAGUUUCAACUAAAAAUGAUGAAGAUGAAAUUGAAGAUGAGAAAACAAUUAUCUAAUUUCCAGCCAUUAAUAGUCCUAGAUUUGUUCAAUAGGCUAAAAUUAAAAAUCUGGCUUUAGCAGAAAAAUCUCCUACAGAAUUACCUAAAAAAAGUGUUUUAAAAAAGUUUUCUACUUAAGAAUUUGAACAACUUACUCCUGAUACUCAAUCUCCUGAUUCUGGAAGAAUGAAUUUUAGUAAUAGUCCAAGAGUUAUUUAACAAACAGAAACAAAAAAAAAGUUUAUUUGUUCUAAAUUUAAUCAAUAAUAAUAAGCAAUUUAUGAAGUUGAUGAUGAAUAAAAAUUGUGA